AUGGCUAAGUGUAUGCUGGGACCUCGGGCCACCCCCCAGGAUCUCUGUGACCACAUUCGCCGGUACCAGCUUAUAGCGGAAGGGUGGCAGAUGACGGAUAGCCAACAGGAGGCCAUGGAUCAUCUCAGCAGGGUGAUGGGUUGGUCGGUCCCCAAGACGUUUGACUUGGAUCUAAUGAACUCCCCGGCUGUCCUAUUACAUUGGCGGAGCCUAAAGAUAAUGGCAGAGGCUCUACCAUCCACUACCUUGGCAGAUUUGAGGUCCACAUAUGCGGAGGUGAUUCCACAACAGGUACCUGCAACAGUGGUUCAUGAGGUGGCGUCCGAAAGGGCUCCUGAACCCGUAGAGGAACUCGAGGUCGAGUUGCCUGAGGAGGAUUUCCUACCCAUGAUUCACGCGUUUGACAGCCAUUUCCACUUGGAUCGGACGCGAAGAAAGCUUCGGCUGUCCCCCAAGGCGUCUGUGAGCGAUCUGGUGGAGGCAGUACCUGUACCUCAGAAGGAGUAUGUACUGAAGAUGUCAGGGGUGGUAGUUUUCUGUGACCCUGAUACCUACCCUUCCUCCCAGGACAUUCAGGAUCUACUGAAAGAAAGGUAUCUGGUGGCGAUCGGCGUGCACCCCAAACACAUCUUGACCCCACCCCAGAGACAGGCUUUCUUGGAGCUGUUGCGUGUCCCUGAGGUUGCCGGUUUCGGAGAAGUUGGGAUUGAUCACACUGUCCGCUCCCCAGACAUGUGGUAUCGCCAGGAGGAACAACUAAGGAGUCUGUUGCCCCACAUUCAACCCCAUCAGGUGUUGAUCCUCCACAUCCGGGGACUGAGGGAUGACCCCACCGGACUGGAAGCUUAUAUGAGGUGCUUUGACGUGGUGAGGGAAUGGGUACCCCUGGAGCAGAAAAUACAACUACAUUGCUUCAGCGGGACAGAGGAAGUGAUCAGGGUCUGGCUGGAGCGAUUCCCGAACACCUACUUCAGCUUGUCAGGGAUGGUGGCCAAGUUUAGUGAUGUUCAACGCCGGGCCGUUAAAAGUAUCCCUGCUGAUCGGCUUCUCCUGGAGACAGAUGCCCCCUAUUUCCUAGUCAGCCCUGAGUUCCCUUGCAGUGCUCCCCAUCUGUUGGACCAUACAGCUCGCCAUGUAUCCCAGAUACGAGGGGAUCUCAGCCUCACUGAGGUUUUAGAGCUCACGGACAGGAAUGGGAGCAACCUCUUCUAG